CGACCAUGAUCCCCCCACCGCUCAACCUCCCCAAAUGGCUCGCAGAGAACAGCGACAAGCUCGCGCCUCCUGUUAACAACUUCUGUCUCUAUGAUGGCGGGGACUUCAUCGUCAUGGCCGUCGGAGGACCUAAUGAGAGGAACGACUAUCACGUGAACGAGACUGAGGAAUGGUUCUAUCAACACAGAGGGGAUAUGCUCCUCCGUAUCCUGGACGGUGACGAGUUCAGGGACGUGAACAUAAGGGAGGGGGAGAUGUUCCUUCUCCCGGGGAAUACGCCGCACAACCCGGUACGGUUUGAGAACACAGUCGGGAUCGUGAUUGAGCGCAAGAGGCCGGAGGGAAGUACAGACAGGCUCCGUUGGUACUGCCGUUCCCAAACCCACUCCACCCCGCACAUCAUAAGAGAAGAACGCUUCCACUGUACAGACCUGGGCACGCAGCUUAAGCCGCUGAUCAGGAACUGGAUGGAGGACGAGAGUCUGAGGAAAUGCGAGUGUGGGUGGGUGGCCCCGGCGAAAUGAGCGGUGGGGGACCUGUGUGCAAGGAGCUGCGGGAGGGGGGAGGCGAGGGAGGCUUCAGCUGGGUUCGAGGGGUUGAAGGGCUAAAGCACUGAGUAUCGUUAUACUAAGUACGUCGUACUCCACUGUACACUCCCCAACAAGUAAGAAAUAAGGAAU